AUGCCGGCAGCAGUGGCGGAUGCUCCUUCUAUUUCCUUAUCAUUUGCGAAUAACUUCUGGGGCAAAGAUGACGCUGGCGUCCUGCCUAUGCUCGAACGCAUGCACAAUGCAAAGUUAACGUGCGACGAACUGCGGUCAUUCUACAGCACACGAGCCGCGAUCGAGGAUGAGUACGCUAGGAAGCUCCUGGCGCUCUGCCGCAAACCCCUUGGAGCACACGAGUCAGGGACACUUCGGUCGUCAUUGGAUACCGUCAGAGGAGAGACAGAGAUAAUAGGCAAGACACACUCUGCGAUUGCAUCUCAGAUGAAGACCGAGCUGGAAGAACCACUGGCCGCAUUCGCCGGUGGAAUGAAGGAGAGGAGGAAGAUUGUACAGAAUGGCAUUGAGAAGCUUUUAAAGAUUAAGAUGCAGCAAACACACGCGGUGAACAAGUCACGAGAUAGAUAUGAACAGGACUGUUUGCGGAUUAAAGGAUACCUCGCCCAAGGCCAUAUGGUCAUGGGACAGGAAGAGCGUAAGAAUAAGGCAAAACUUGAGAAAACCCAAAUUCAAUUAGCCUCAAACAGUAGCGAAUAUGAAGCUGCGAUUAAGGUAUUAGAGGACACUACUGGUCGGUGGAAUAAAGAGUGGAAGGCUGCAUGUGACAAAUUCCAAGACCUUGAGGAGGAGAGACUGGAUUUUUCAAAGAGCAGUUUGUGGAAUUAUGCCAACAUCGCAUCAACCGCAUGCGUUAGUGAUGAUGCUUCCUGCGAAAAGAUUCGAGUCUCGCUUGAGGAUUGCGAGGUUGAGAAGGAUAUUGCUUCCUUUAUUAAGGAGAAGUCCACUGGACAGGAGAUUCCUGAUGCCCCUAAGUAUAUCAACUUUUGCAGGGGUGAUCUGAACGACACAGCCUCCGAGACAUCAGAGGAGGAAAACUACUCUGUUGCCCAGUUCCAGCGCACUAUCAAUCCAGCAUAUAGAAGCUCCUCACCCCAGCCUUCUACCUACGAAUCUCACCAUGACCCCGAUUCGGAGCUAGCCCAUCAUAUGAUUCCAUCUGCUCACCCUGCUCAGUCAAACCGUGAAAACAUUGCAACUCCUCAGAAGAAGCUCUCUGCUCCGCCUCCAGUUGUUGCGCCCCUUGCAUCAGAACCAAGGAGAAAACAGCAUGUCCCUCCUAACUACCAACCAAGCCAGCAUGGUGACAUACCCGUCAGUAUUCCGCAUAAUGAAUAUCCAGCCGAUGGUAUGACGAUGUUCUGCCGCCCUGGGCCACCAUCAGAAAGGAGUUCUGCUACCCCAUCAGGUAGAGACUCACAAAGCGACCUCUCUAAUCCCACGUCCUUCUCGAGUAUGGAUCCGCCGAGUAACUAUCAAUCACCAAUUAAGUACACGCCUGUACCCGCCACUGCGACAUCAGCCAAAGAGGUCCAGAAGAAACGGAGUGGUUUCUUUAGCAAUAGCCCCUUCCGCAGAAAGAGCAAACAUGAAAAGGAUCGUCGAACGCAGUCUGUUGCUCCCGCACCAGCACAGAAUCGCAGAACCUGGGCUGCACCCCCUAAACAGACAAGAGCCCUCAUGGGAACCCAAUCUGACUUGGGUUCGAACCGUCGUGGGCCCAGCCCGGAGCCUGUAGAUCCUCGAGCAAAUUUCCAACUUAACGUUGGAAAUAAUGUGUUUGAUGUUGCAUCCCCUGAUACUGCUGGACCUCCUCCAUCUUACAAGGACACGCCUGUGAAGCGCCUAGAUGCCCCAUCGCCUGCUUUUACAGCUGCACAAAUGCACAAAACCACCCGCAAAUAUGUGGGUCAGACUCAAAGUCUAUUUAGCAAACCAGUUCGUACUAGAGAAAGAGCCAAUACUGUUGAUCAGGUCAUCCCGAGAGCUACAUCCCCUAUUCCUAAGCGGUCACCAAGCCCCCAGCCACCACAGAAUACUACUACUCGUCCAGGUUCUCAACUCGGCAAUGCCUCUCAGCAAAGAGCCCCGGCUUAUAAAUCUGAGAGUGUGAAUAGCAGGUAUAGGCACUCGCACUCACAAUCUGCCACCCCUACCAAGAUUGUCCGAGAGCCCUCUCGUUCUCCACAAUAUUCUCGUCAAGCAUCUCCAAACGAUGUGCGGCCAGAAGUACGUAACGAGUCUAGAACAGAGACUAGAAACACCAUACGUACUGAAGUUCGCAAUGAACCACCACGAAAUGAAGUAAGACAAGAGACACGAGUCGAGCCACCAAGGAACGAGGUUAGGCAUGAGGCGCGAGCUGAGCCGCUACGACAAGAAGUCAGGCAAGAGGCACGAACUGAGCCCCCGAGGCAGGAUGUUAGGCAGGAAGUACGAAGCGAACCACCACGAAAUGAGGUGAGGCCCGAUACACGCAGUGAAGUCCGGAAUGAUCCACCACCAAAUAAUAUCAGACGGUCAGCCUCUCCUCAGCCCCAGUUCAGAAGACCAGAACGGCCAGCAAGUGCAAGCGGCAUGGAGCUCCAACUCUCGACCAAUGACGCGAGCUCGCAUAUGGGAGGUCAUAAUGACGGCUAUUCCGCCUACCAGGGUGGGUACCAGAGUGGGUACCAAGGAGGCUACCAAGGAGGCUACCAGGGAGGCUACCAGGGCGGGAAUGGCUAUGGCCAUCAUCAGCAACAACGUCCUCACUCCAUGUACUAUGGCGCUACUCCUGAUUACAAUCAUAGCGCCCAGGAUCAGCAUUCAGGAAGCAGAAGUGUGAUAAUGGCAGAAGCUCCAACAAUUAGCCGUGACGGCAGACCAAUUCUGCAUUUUGCUCGUGCAAUGUAUUCCUAUACUGCAGCCAUCCCCGAAGAACUUGGAUUUGCUAAAGGAGAUAUUCUUGCUGUUCUAAGGCACCAAGACGAUGGGUGGUGGGAGGCUGAGAUCACCAACCAGCCAACCCGUCCAGGCCUAGUGCCUAGCAAUUACCUUCAACCUUGCUAA